UGUCUCCGGUGUGUCGUCUCUCCGGUGUCUCUCCGUCUCUCCGGUGUCUCUCUCCGUCUGUCCGUCUCUCCGGUGGUCUGCAGCCUCCACACAGAGCCGCUCCGUGAUGAACGAGACGGGGCUCCGGUUCCGGAGGGUGCAGCGUCCGCAGGUCAUCACCGACGAGCUGCCGGAGCAGCGCUCCAAAGGGUCCGGCACCUACAGCGGGAAGGUUUUCCAGGUGACUCUGCUCUCUCUGGGCGGCUUCCUGCUCCUUCCUCUCCUGGUCAUCAUCCUCAUCCUGGAGUCUCCCAUCCACCCCGAAGUGUUCAGCCUGAAGGAGCCUCCGGUGAUGAAAGGCUGCUGGGAGCCGAACCUGAAGCUCCGAGAGGCUCAGAGACUGUUUGAGGACCAGAUCACCGGACCAGAGUCCAUCACCAACAUCGGAGAUGUUUUGUACGCUGGAACAGCUGACGGGAAGAUCGUGAAGCUGAUUGGUCGAAGAAUUCACACGGUGACGAGACUCGGAAAACUGCCCUGUGGCUCCCCAGAGGAGGAGCCCAGCUGUGGGAGGCCGUUGGGGAUCCGAGUCGGACCCAACGGGACUCUGUUUGUGGCCGACGCCUACCUGGGUCUGUUCCAGGUGAACCCCACCACAGGUGAGGCGACCCGGUUGGUGUCGGGGGGUCAGGAGGUCGCCGGCAGGAAGCUGUCCUUCAUCAACGACGUGGCGGUGACUCAGGACGGGAAGAAGCUGUACUUCACCGACUCCAGCAGCAGGUGGCAGCGCAGAGACUACCUGCACCUCAUCAUGGAGGCCACGGCCGACGGACGAGUGUUGGAGUACGACAUGGAGAGCAGAGAGCUGACGGUGCUGAUGGAGAACCUUCGCUUCCCAAACGGCAUCCAGCUGCUUCCUGACGAGGAGUCGGUGCUGGUGGCCGAGACCACCAUGGCCCGGAUACGCAGAGUCCAUGUUGCUGGACUAAACAAAGGCGGGAUGGACACCUUUAUUGACAACCUGCCAGGUUUUCCCGACAAUAUUCGUCCGAGCUCCACCGGAGGUUACUGGGUCGCCAUGUCAGCGGUGCGGCCGAACCCGGGCUUCUCCAUGCUGGACUUCCUGUCUCAGAGACCCUGGAUCAAGAAAUUCAUCUUCAAGCUCUUCAGUCAGGAGGUCCUGAUGAAGUUCGUACCUCGGUACAGCCUGGUGGCCGAGCUCCAUGACGGUGGCAUCUGCACUCGGAGCUUCCACGACCCCAACGGCCUGGUGGCGGCCUACGUUAGCGAAGUCCACGAGCAUGAUGGGAGUCUAUACCUGGGUUCCUUCCGCUCGCCCUACAUCGCCAAACUAGACCUGAGCAAGGUCUAAAAAAAGAAAACGGACAUACAGACGGACAUUUGUGACUCAGUAGGAAGUCUGAAACCGUGACACGCCGUUCGUCUUUAAAAGUGAUGUCAUGAUGCACCAGGAGAUGAAAUAUAAAAAACGUCACAGGUUGUUUGUCAGACUCGGUGGUCGAUCAACUGUCUUGUUCCAGAGCGAAAUUUCUGGACAUAUUUUGAGGGAUUAUUAUUAUUAUAUUCUUUUAUUGAGUGUUGCAGCAGCUCAACUCCACAGACAGACAAUAAAUACACAUAUUAUACAACAAAAUAAAGAUAGAACAAAAAUAAGAAAUAAGAAUAAAAAUAAAAAUGUACAGUAUAUCCAAAUGGGGGGGGGGGGGGGGCUGGUCAGCAUGAUGACAGACUGUGGUCUCCGCUGUUGUUGUACAGUCUGAUGGCAGUGGGCACAAAUGAGCGUCUGAAGCUCCGUCCUGCUCUUUGGUAGAAUCAGCCGAUGGCUGAAAGAGCUGCCCAGCUGCCACAGCUCCUCAUGGAGAGGGUGAGAGGGAUUGUCCAGGAUGGCUCCGAGUGUGGCCUUCAUCCUCCUCUCACCCACUGACUCCAGAUUAACGAGUAAUUAAUAUUAAACAUUCAUGGUCUCCAGGGGGUGAAUCCCAAUGACUACCAACAGAGGAGCCUGGUUGUCGCAGUGAAUUGUCUGCCUUUGUGUUCAUGUUAGCCGUUUGGUUUUUGUUUUGCGGACGUCGUGAAUCGUUCUCGGGCUGGGAAUCAAACUUUAAUAUCGUUUUAGGCAUCAACUGAGAUGGGUCUGUAGCUCAAAUCCUGAAAGUUGACAUCAAUCGUCUGCUCAGAUUCUUCUAGAGAGUUCUGGAUUCAAACCUUAAUUUCAUCAGUUCUUGUCUGUAUUUUAUUUAGACAACGUUUUUCUUUGGCUUUGUUUUGUUCAAUGAAAAACUAGUUCUGUAGAACAAAGCAUUGGUUUGAUAUUGGUUCUGAAACUCAGGGUCUGAUUGGACAACGAUACCCAGCCCUAGAAUCUCGACAGCCAGGUGAAAUGAAAAGAUUCUCGCAAUAACCGGCUGAAGAGAAAUGCUUGCUAGCUAGCUUAAGCUAAUGAAGCUCUAGCUGUUUGGGGCUCAUUCACACGUGGGUUAGCUCGCUCAUUGUAACGCUACAUCAGUAUAGCCGAGUUAGUCCAGCUUUACAGUGAAUAAAGUUUGGCAGAGAGAGAACGCCAUUUAACCACUGAAAUGGAGACGCGUCCCCUCCAUCCAGAGCUAACUCUGUAGUCUGGGUUGGUAUUGUUAGCGUUAUUACUGCUAUGAGCUGCCAUUCCUCACUUUGAUAUGUGAGCGUGUCACAUUUGCAUGUUAAUAAUUAUUUCUAAUGACAGAAAGCUGCCUGUCAAAUUUGGUUGGCGUCCAUGUUUGUUUGUUUUUUGGACACUUAUAUAAAUAUUAUAAUUCAGAUGAAUCCGAUGCUUUAGUUUCAGAGUUGUGAUUACAACAUGGAUGUGGAUGUAAAAAGUGAUUACAAGUCAUUAAGUGACUGUCAUGUGUCCUGUUUAGCAUGUUAGAAAGUGAACAUUAGUGAUAUUUAGCAUGUAUUUAGCAGCUGCUGUACUUCCUGUUCUGUCCCCACCAGGAGGACCAGUCAAACGAUGGUUCAGAUAUGAGCCGUCGGAAACUUCACUCCUGAUGGUGUUGCUUUCUUUUGAAGUUUUCUUCACGUCUGAGUUGUUGAGACGAGCUGCCAAAUGUAGUUUGAGUCUCUUCUUGUUGCACUAAGAGGUUUUUUUCUCUAAUCUUCUGUUUGUUUGAGUGAAAGCUGCUGUGAACCAGUCUGAUGUCUCUGUGUUUGUUUCCACUGAUCAGUGAAAAACUGAAUUAAAUCUGCUUUUUUGAUGAAAACCAUUCAUUUAAAUACGUUAAAUAUUUGUUUAAAAAAUCUAAUUAAAACAGCUUCAUUUCAUCAGAAACAUCCUCUGUUGUAGUUCUCUUUUUUACCUCAAAACAUUACUAAUAUGUAAAUGAAUGGUAUUGUACAGUAAAAUAAAUGAAUGUUGUGAUUA